AUGCCACCAAAGAAGGACAAGGAGGUCAAGGAGAAGCCCAUCAAGGGCGAUCAAGCCGAAGAGAUGGUGCUCCAGUACCUCCGCUCGGUCAACCGCCCUUAUGCCAGCACCGACGUCUCGACCAACCUCAAGAACAAGGUCACCAAGCCGGAGGCUCAGAAGGCGCUCAUUGCGCUUGCUGAGAAGGGCCAGCUCACGAUGAAGCUCUACGGCAAGCAGAGCAUCUUCGUGUACAACCAGUCACAGCUUCCCGUGCUCGACCCCGAGGAGUUCUCCCAGCUCGACGCCGAGACCAAGGAGGUGCAGGGCACGCUCGACGAGCGGAGGAAGGAGCUCAAGACGGUGUCUGCGGAACUCGCGAGCAUGGAGGCGCUCCCCAAGACCAAGGAGCUCGGCAGAGAGAUCAACCGUGUCGACGCCGAGGUGGGUACACGACGGGAAAUUCGCAAGUUGACCCACCAGAACACCAUGACGCUCGCUGCCCUCGCCCCGUUCCGCGGUGACGGCGAGGCCAAGGCCGACCCCAUGUCGGCUGCUGACCGCGAUGUAAUCGACAAGGGCUGGAUCCGCUGGCGCAAGGAGUGGACCGACAGGAAGAAGCUGUACAAGAGCAUCAUGGGGAUUCUCGGCGAUGCUGGGAUGGUGGCGAACCAAGCGGAGUUUGAAGACGAGCAGGGCGUCGAGGUCGACGACGAUGAGGCACAGGAGGUUGACCGCGGCGAGUUUGGCGCGGGUGCGGUGAUCCGAAAGGUCGCCGCUCCGAGGGCACCCUCGGCCAAGGGUGCCGCUCCGGCACCCAAGGCAAAGCCAGCACCUGCUCCAGCGAAGAAAGUUCUUGGAAAGCGGACUCGUAGCGAGAGUGCGAGCCAGGACAAGAGUGGCGAGAGUGCCGAGCGCGACAGCGACGACGACGACGAGUAG